GGGCGGGGCGGGACCAUGUCUGUUGAGGGCUCCGUCCCCCCGACCGACGGGCCGGCCGCGGCGGCCGAUCUGGGCCUGCCCCCUCUGCGGGAGCGGGAGCCCGAGCGAGCCGGAGCCGCCGGCCCCGGCGCCCGAGGAGAGCCUCCGCCGCCGCCCGCUCCCCUGGGCCACAGCGUGCCUCAGGCGGCUGUGGCUGUGAAGCCCCUCGGACUCCCCCUGGCCCACAAGCCUCCGGAGCCGGGGAGCCCCCCGGGGCCCGGAGACGACGACGACGACGCUGACGGCGACGAGGGCUACGAGGACGACGGCUACGGGGCGGCCGCGAAGGAGCGGCCCCGGGCCCCGCUGCCCAAGGAGAACCCCUGGACCAAGAAGCCCCCGCCGCCGUCCGCGCUGCUGCCUCCGGCUGUGGUGGCCGCUGCGCCCGGUCCGGUCCCGGGCCAGCCCCCAGCCGCCUCUGCCGCUCCUCAGCCGCUGCUGCUGCUGGCCGAGUCCGCCGAGCCAGAACUAAAUUCGGCAAAAAUUAUAAAAGCAGGAAAACCCAAGACAAAGAAAACCAGCAAGGCUAGUGAUUUCAGUGACAUCACAAAUUGGCCAACACCAAGUGAAUUAGUGAACAAUGAAUGCCAGAAUGUCACCAGUCAACCAAAUAAGAAGCCACAGAACAGAAAAGAAAAGGAAGAGAAGAUUGAAAAGAGAACCAACAGUGAAAGUAAAGAAAACCGUGAAGCAAAGCUCGAUGGUCCUGGAGAAAAUGUCAGUGAGGACGAGGCACAGUCAAAUAAUCAAAGAAAAAGAGCUAAUAAGCACAAGUGGGUACCACUUCAUUUAGAUGAUGUAAGACCCGAUAGCCAAGAAAGACCUGGAUCACGGAACAGCUCAAGAUCCCAACCAGAAGCAAACAAGUCAGCGCAUAACAACCGACGAAAUGAUUCACGAAGUUGGAGACGAGAUAGAGAGAAGAGAGAUGAUCAGGAUGAAGUUUCCAGUGUGAGAAGUGAAGGUGGUAACAUUCGAGGUUGCUUUAGAGGUCGGGGAAGAGGACGUGGUCGGGGAAGAGGACGAGGCAGAGGAAACCCUCGAAUGAACUUUGAAUAUUCAUAUGGUUAUCGAGAACAACAUGGUGAAAGAACUGAUCAGCCAUUUCAACCAGAACUUAACACUAGCAUGAUGUAUUACUACGAUGAUGGUACAGGAGUUCAGAUGUAUUCUGUGGACGAAACAUUGCUCAAGGAAUACAUCAAGCGGCAAAUUGAAUAUUACUUCAGUAUAGAAAAUUUGGAACGGGACUUCUUUCUUAGGAGGAAGAUGGAUGAACAAGGUUUCUUGCCUAUUUCUCUGAUUGCCAGUUUCCACCGUGUUCAGGCCUUGACUACAAACGUUAAUCUCAUUUUAGAGGCUUUGAAAGACAGUACAGAAGUGGAAAUAGUGGACCAGAAGAUGAGGAAAAAGGUGGAACCAGAAAAAUGGCCAAUUCCUGGCCCUCCUCCACGUAAUGUGCCACAAACUGACUUCUCUCAACUCAUCGACUGCCCAGAGUUCAUACCAGGCAAAGCCUUUGGCUCACAUACUGAUGGUUUCCUGGAGCAUCCUUAAGGCAUGCCGCCUCGGGAAAAAUGUGUACUAGAACUUUUUUCAGUCAGUGGGAUGAUCUUCUGAUGUACUUGGAUGUCAUGUGAACGGAAUAUGCAGUGGAAUGGGUGACUCAUUGAAAAGUCAAUCUUAUCACUUUUGGAGCUAUGUGGUCCAGCAGAUCUGAAACUGAGACUGUCCUCAUCUGCACAAGAAAGCCUGCUUUCUGACUCAUAUUGCAGGAGCGUGGUUCGACACUACAAUGGAGAGUCUGCCUGUGAGAUGAUGUUAAGGUGGACUAGAGGACUGCUGUUGUCUUAGAGACUCUGCCCAUCAACAUGGGAGUGGGCUGCAUGGGCUCCUCUUUCCAGCUAUCAUUCUGGAAACCUAGUGUGCGUGCGUGCGUGCGUGUGUGUGUGUGUGUGUGCUGCCAGGCUUGUGUGCAUCAGCAGUGUUACAGAAAUAGGUUUGAAUGUGAAGGCAUUUUCCAAACUGUGAGGCUGUUUGAUCAUUGGUCUGCCCUUCAUCACCUGCUCACUACGGACAGAAGUUAUGUAUGUAAUUAAAUGUAGAGGACUCUCGCAUCUGUUCGUGAGUGUUGAUUCUCUAAAGAAUUUCUGAAUGUCUUAUAAUUUAAUUUUUAAAAUACCGAAAAGGAAAAAGAAGGCCCCUUUUCCACUCAUGAAUUGUAUUAUCGAUGGUGUUUCAAGGUACUUGAAAUGCCGGUGCGGUCAGCAGUGAUGUUGGGCAGUCUCAAGAGUUAUUUUGACUUUUCUGAUCUACCUUUGAUUGUUCUAGCUGUUGAUUUUCACCUCUGUGCCUCUCUGAUCUGAGCAAACACCCAUUGUAACAUUAUUUUCUAGGAGUUAAAAUGGCCAGGUGAUUUUUCAAAAAUUGAAGGAAAGAUGACACUGCCUCAUGACAAGUGAUUAAUGUAUGUUGUUUGUGCAUGUCAGAGAUUACUCUCCCUUACUCUGUAAAACAUCAUGGGAUUUAAGAUGAAAGUUUUAACCUGACCUAAGAACAGGAAUUUCAGAGUUAAUAGUCCAAUAAUGUUGCCAUGGAAAAUACCAUUUGCAGGGCAGACAGGAAACAGGUCAGCCAGAUUGGAGAUGCCAUUAGUCUAUUAAUCAUCUUUGCAUUAUUAAUAAAAAAUAAGAUAAUAA